CGCCUUUGCCGCCUCGCCAUGAAAUUCGCCGAACACCUGAGCGCACACAUCACGCCGGAAUGGAGAAAGCAGUACAUCAACUACGAGGAAAUGAAGGCUCUGCUAUACGCUGCGGUAGAGCAGGCUCCGUCAGCCGAUGUAAGCGAAUCGUACGUUUUAGACAGCUUCUACGGCAAGUUCGACGAGAAGUUUUUCCACUAUUGCGAUAAGGAACUGGCGAAGAUAAAUACCUUUUAUUCUGAAAAGCUGGCAGAAGCCACACGAAGGUUCGCCACGCUCAACAACGAGUUGAGCGAAAUUCUGUCGGUCUCCGACGAUGCCCAGAGUCACAAGGCGCGCUAUCGCCGCCACAUCCUUCACAAGAAGCCAGUGUCGGCGCGCAAACUCCAAGAGCUGAAACUGGCCUUCUCCGAGUUCUAUCUCUUCCUCAUUCUGCUCCAGAAUUACCAGGAUCUGAAUUUCACGGGAUUCCGAAAGAUCUUGAAGAAGCACGACAAACUUUUGAACGUGGAUUUUGGUGGCAAAUGGCGCGCGGAACAUGUCGACACAGCGAUUUUCCAUACGCGCAAGGAUAUCGAUAGGCUGAUCGUGGAGACCGAGGCUGUGGUGACUCGAGAUCUGGAGCAUGGCGAUCGUCAAAGAGCUAUGAAGCGGCUCAGAGUCCCUCCGCUCGGGGAGCACCUCUCCCCGUGGAUCACAUUCAAAGUUGGCCUUUUCUCCGGCGCUUUUAUCAUACUUUUUGUAGCUGUGAUAUUAUCCGCUAUGCGAUACAAGAAAAAGGAUAACUGGACGGUGCUGUGUCGAAUUUAUCGUGGACCACUUCUUAUGAUAGAGUUCCUGUUUUUGAUGGGAAUUAACGUUUACGGCUGGAGAUCUUCUGGCGUGAAUCACGUGCUGAUAUUCGAGCUUGACCCGCGCAAUCAUUUGUCAGAACAGCACAUCAUCGAAAUGGCAACCAUUCUCGGUCUGGUAUGGUCCAUGUCUAUCCUGGGUUUCCUAUAUAGCGACACAUUGGGCAUACCACCGUUUGUUCAACCAAUGUUGUUUUAUGCGCUGUUGGCAUUAUUCCUAUUCAAUCCCACCAAGACUUUGCGACACGAGGCGAGAUUCUGGACUCUACGCGUUCUGGGACGCGUGUUCUGCGCACCGUUCUUUUACGUGGGCUUCGCGGAUUUCUGGCUCGCUGACCAGCUCAAUUCUCUCCACACAGUCUUUCUAGACUUUCAGUAUUUCGUCUGCUUCUAUGUCCAGAAUUCUUUUUGGACUGACGUUACAGAUACGGAUACUUGCAUAAUGCGUGAACUAUCGAUGAGACCGUUUGUAGUAUGUUUACCGGCGUGGUUUCGAUUUGCACAAUGCCUCAGGCGUUACCGAGACACGAAGGAAACUUUUCCGCAUCUGUUGAACGCGGUUAAGUACGCGACAAGCUUCUUUGUGGUUAUUUUCUCCUACCUGCACUUAACAAACAAGGAUUACUAUGCAUUGUCUACCGAGAAUCCCUACUUUUACCUAUGGCUGACAGUCAGUAUGGUGAGUUCCUGUUUUACAUACGCGUGGGAUGUAAAAUUGGACUGGGGUCUCUUCGACAGCAGCGCUGGGGAAAAUAAAUUCCUCAGAGAAGAGAUAGUUUAUUCAUCACCUUAUUAUUACUAUUUCGCGAUGGUCGAAGAUUUUAUCUUGCGAUUUGGAUGGGCGUUUUCCCUCUCUCUAACAGAGAUGGGAUACAUUCACGCGGACCUUAUGGUUUCCAUAGUUGCUCCGUUAGAAGUCUUCAGACGUUUCGUGUGGAACUUCUUCCGCUUGGAGAACGAGCAUUUGAACAAUUGCGGAAAGUUUAGAGCAGUGCGGGACAUUUCGGUUGCACCAGUCGACUGCUCGGAUCAGACGCAGAUAUUGCGAAUGAUGGACGCUUCCGACGGCGUAAUAAAUCGCAGGCGUAGGCAAAAUGUGGACGAAAAGCGCAAACCGAUUCGGUUGCUUGUGAAGGACGAGUCUGUGGACGAUAAUUAAGGCAGUAUGAUCGUCGAUUUGGCAUAGUUAAAUUUAUGUGUAGCUAAAUCGAUUUUUUGUACCGCCUUGUAACUUAAACUUUUUGUUUAAAAUUACGAUGGCUGAUCGUACUAAUAAAAAUAGAGGAUAAAAGAGAUAUGAGAAUUUAGGAAAGAUGCAAGAUGGCGAAUCGUCAUUUAUUUCGCAUGUAAUUAACUGUGUUAGUCCAUCGAUACAAUUGAAGAUUACAAUUAUCUGUAAAUAAAUAACGAUUCGGUUUAAUUUGAAAUCGAAAGCGAAAUCAAAAGGAUUCGUAAAAGUCAAAAGGACGAGACUGUACCAAACGCUAAGGACUGAUGUACUUUUGCUUCGAUUACUAUCUGUACCUCAAUAAAAUAAAUGAUUGUUACCAAAUAAAA